CACUUCUCACCCCCCUAAGGAAAGGCUGCAAUUCCAAGGUGUGUCAAAGAAGAGGGUAGCACCUGAUCUGCUUCCCUUCAGAAACAAUGGCGUCUGCUACUCUCCUCAAAUCGUCUUUCCUUCCCAAGAAGUCCGAAUGGGGCGUCACGCGCCAAGCUGCGGCUCCCAAGCCCAUGACCGUCUCCAUGGUUGUCCGUGCCAGCGCAUAUGCCGAUGAGCUUAUCAAAACCGCGAAAACUAUCGCAUCACCAGGAAGGGGUAUCCUCGCCAUGGAUGAGUCGAACGCCACCUGUGGCAAGAGACUUGCUUCAAUUGGCCUUGAGAACACUGAGGCUAACCGCCAGGCUUACCGGACCCUCCUUGUCACUCCCCCAGGCCUGGGAAAUUACAUCUCUGGUGCUAUCCUCUUUGAGGAGACCCUCUACCAAUCGACUGUAGAUGGCAAGAAGAUUGUUGACAUUCUUGUCGAGCAGGGAAUUGUUCCCGGUAUCAAGGUUGACAAGGGUCUUGUGCCACUUGUCGGCUCCAACGAUGAGUCAUGGUGCCAAGGUCUCGAUGGCCUUGCCUCCCGUGAAGCAGCAUACUACCAGCAAGGGGCCCGCUUCGCCAAGUGGCGCACUGUUGUCAGCAUUCCUAACGGUCCAUCUGAGCUCGCUGUCAAGGAAGCUGCCUGGGGUCUUGCCCGUUACGCCGCCAUCUCUCAGGACAAUGGCCUGGUGCCAAUUGUUGAGCCUGAGAUCAUGCUCGACGGUGAGCACGGCAUCGAGAGGACCUUCGAGGUCGCGCAAAAGGUGUGGGCGGAGACGUUCUACUACAUGGCCCAGAACAACGUGAUGUUUGAGGGCAUCCUCUUGAAGCCAAGCAUGGUAACCCCUGGUGCCGAGUGCAAGGACAGGAACACCCCUGAGGAAGUAGCCAGCUACACUCUCAAGCUCCUCCAGAGAAGGAUCCCCCCUUCCGUCCCCGGCAUCAUGUUCUUGUCUGGCGGUCAGUCAGAGGUGGAGGCGACGCUGAACCUGAACGCGAUGAACCAGUCGCCGAACCCGUGGCACGUAUCUUUCUCCUACGCUCGGGCGCUCCAGAACACCUGCCUCAAGACGUGGGGCGGGCGGCCAGAGAACGUCGCGGCGGCACAGGAGGCGCUUCUGCUGCGCGCCAAGGCCAACUCCCUGGCGCAGCUCGGCAAGUACACCAGCGACGGCGAGGCCGCGGCCGCCAAGGAGGGCAUGUUCGUCAAGAACUACAGCUACUGAUCCAUUGGCCGGCUGCUAUCUUAUCUACCUAUGGAGAGAGUGCUAGUAGCGCCUUGAGCAGCUUGAGGCACUGUAGCCAGUGUGUCGUCGUUGUUACAGAUCGAGACCAGCUCCGAUUGAGAGAUGGACAGAAAGUAUACUAUGUUUAUUACCACCCUAAGUAAAGAACUUGGAAUGGUUUUACUGCUGUA